CGGGCUGGGAGAUGCAGCAACGGAGGAGUGCUGAGGGCGACUCGAUUCAAUAAUUUAGUUUUUUUUAUUCCUUUAACCUCCCCGCUCCCUCUUUGUUUUAUAAUCCGCACGUUUCCUCACAAUAGUCUCCGUUCGCCGCUAAAGUGUUUUUUUUAUGAGGACGAGUCCCCAGGUCGUGCGUGGCGAGGCGGCGGAGCAAGGAUGAGUGUCACGUCGUGGUUCCUCGUGGCGGGCAGCGGCACCCGCAACCGGCUGCCCAAGGAGAUGAUCUUCGUCGGGCGUGACGAGUGCGAGCUCAUGCUGCAGUCCCGAAGCGUGGACAGACAGCACGCCGUGGUCAACUACGACCCUGCCACUGACGAACACAAAGUCAUGGACCUGGGCAGCCUCAAUGGGACGUUUGUGAACGAGAGCAGGAUCCCAGAGCACACGUACCUCAUUCUGAAGUUGAACGACACCAUCAGGUUUGGCUACGAUCCUAAUCUGUACACUGUUGAGAAGAUUGAACACAAGGUACCAGAGGAAGCUUUGAAGCACGAGAAGUACUCCAUUCAGCUGCAGCUGGGAGCGCAGCCAGCUGAGGCGCGGUUGCCAGAGACGUCGGCCGUCGUCUCUGAGCCAUGCAAGCCUCACACCCAGUACCAGGCCGUCGUGAAGACCCACGCGCCGGACGAUAAGGCGUCUGCAGACCCACCGAACACCCCCCCUCUGCACAAGACCCCGCUCUACGGCCAGCCAUCCUGGUGGGGUCAGAACGAGGGACAGGGGUUAGCCCACGAGGAAGGGGACCAUCCCCCGUCGAGGCCCGACCACGGUCGCACGGAGCCAGCGCUCGCCCUCCAGCCCAGCGACAGCUUUGCAGUGAAGGAUAUCCGGAGGCUCCAGGAAGAAAGCAACGGAAAAUGUUCCAUCCCCAUCCAGAGAGACUCCAGGGAAGAGUCCGUUUACAGCCUAAGACGAGAGCCUAGCUACUUUGAAAUCCCAACCAAAGACUUCCAGCAGCUACAGCACCAGCAGCAGGUUUUGCAGCAGCAGCAGAAGCAGCAGCAGGUGGCACCGCCAGGAAAGCCACCGCGCCCGCCUGUCCACGAGGCUCCGACACGGGACGUUGCGUCUUCCGAAGCGGACCCAACGACGCAGGCCGUCGUGCAGAGCCACGCCUCCUUCACCAUCGAGUUUGACAGCGCCAAGCCGGGCCGCGUCAUGAUCAAGGACCGCGCCGCUAAAUUCGCCACGGAUACCGGUCUCCGGCAGAGGCCGAAGCCAGGUCCCCCGAGCCAGCAGCAACAGCAGCAGCAGCAGCAGCAACAGCAGCAGCAGCCACAACAGCAGCAGCAGCAGCAGCCAGCGACGGCUCCGAGCCCGGCGUCCGCGUCACGUUCGGCGUCCUCGCAAGUGGACGCGGCCACUGCCACCGCCAGGAACAAGGUGCACGAUUGGCUGGCGCAGCAGGAGCCCAUCGUGUCCAUGAUCCGCAAGGACCUGGCGAGCGACGACGUGAUGAGCACCAAGAGCGACGUGCCCGUGCACGGAAAAGUACUGAAAGGCAGCAAGCACAGGGAUGGCACGAGAAGCGAUGACGACGCAGAGAGUGACCCAAAGCAGCCGUCGGCUAAGACGAGUCCCGUGGCUGAUGCCCCACCGGGCCCUAAGGCCUUCACCAUCGAGUUCUUUGAUGAAGACCACCCUCGCAAGAAGCGCUCCUCGUCUUUCACGCACCGCGACGGGGUGCCCUUCUCAUCGAGCAGCCAGCCCGACCGCUCAUCCUCUCCAGGCCUGGCAGCCAGGGGCGCGCGCACCACAACCAAGACGCUGCCUCAUCCGCUGCAUCAGAAUCAGCUGCCGCCUGCACCGCCCCCGCAGCAGCAGCAGCAGCCGCAGCAGCAGCCUCAGUACUUCUCCCGCGCUGGGUCGCACCGGGCAUACAGCAGCAUGGGGCGGCGCUCCAAAGUAUCGCUCGACUUCCAGCAGCUAAAGAAGGACGUUACCGGUGGUGACGGCGGCAGUGGCGGUAGUGGUGGCGCAGAACGCAACAACGACACGGCUGGUUACAGUGUCGAUGUCCGUCACGGUGACGGUACGCGGGCAAACUCGGGAAGCCGCGACGAUGACGAUGAUGUCGACGAUGUCCAAAGCGGUGGCAACCGCGGGGAAGACGCGGUCAGGGGCGAGGAGGACAACCACAGCGACGCCGGCACGUACACCAUCGAAAGCGAGCUAAAGAACAAGGAGGAGGAGAGAGCUCGCAGCAUGAUCGACCAGGUGUUUGGCGUGUCCGACCCGCACGAGUACCCGGGAGCGGCCCCGCCAGCACGGCCCGCGUCCCAGACGCCGCCUCCGCCACCGCCCACGGCGACCGAACGUCAGGUCCGCAAGAUGCUGCACUCCAAGAGCCAGUCCUUCAGCGGCGAGGAGUCCUUGAACUUCCCGGGCGGUGGCUCGGCAGUGCAAGCGCCUAUGUCUGCUGGGAGCCCUCGCUGGGUGUCUCGCUGGGCCAGCCUGGCCGCCACCCAUGCCACUGACCAACCCGAGGCGCCAGAGGUUUCCCGUGAGCGCAGCCUGCCCGCCACUGCCGGAGACCGUGAUGGUGACGUCAGCGAGUCUGCCUACUCGAACAGCUCCGUUUCGCUGACCUCGGACGUGGCCCUGAGCGUGUCCGGCGUCGGGAGGAGACAUCGCACUCUUCCGCAGGCUCCCGAGCGGCCCAGCUCCAAGUCUCCGGACCUUCGUCGAGACUUCACCACCUCCGACGUGGUGGUGCUGGACAAACGCGACGCGCCCGACGGCUCGAAACGCGCGCGCGCCUCCGCCAAGGGCGGCGCCGCCGCCGUCGUCAUCGACGACACGAGGCCCUCGUCGCACGCGCAGAGGGCCGACGGAGCUCCCUCCUACGGCGAGAGCCCCGCGGAAUCCGCGCACAAGUACGCCGGCGUCAAAGGGCGUGAGCGCGGGGGGGACUCGGCGGGCUCCUGGACGGUGAGCAGCAUCGCGCCCGGCAGCUCGGCGGACUUUGACGGCGCGGCUGAAGGGCCGCGCGCGCACACCCACAACCGCACCCCCAGCGUCGGCGAAGAGCCGCUCGGCGCGCGGCUGAACGCGUCCCUGGCGCGCGUCAAGUCCAGGGGGAGGAGGAACACCCCUGAGCCGGCACCUCCAGGGCCACGGGACGAGGAUGAUUUCGCACACGAGAAGCACAGACCCCUGCAGAGGAAGGGCAGCUUCACCAAGGAGCGGCCCAGCAGCGAAGUGCCACUCGACGAGAUCCCGCAAAUCAACGGAGGCCCCGGCCCCAAAGGCGCGAAGAGCCCCGGGGCCGUGUCGGACACGGCCUACCUGCUCAAGGACACGGAGGCUGCGCUGCACUCGCUGGAGGCCAAGCUCCACAGAGGUUACCAGGAAGACAAGGCCCGUGGUCGCGGGAGGCACGGCCGGGCCGACGACCCCCAGGGUAGUAAUCAGACGUCGCCGGCCUCGCUCGAGUCGGACGCCGACACGGCCAGCAGCGGCACGUCAGCCAGCCUCGUCGCAGACAGCAACAGCAGCAGCCACGGUGAGCAGAAGCCGCUGCACAGGCGCAGGAGCUACAGCAGCCUGCACAGGGAGAAGGCGGUCGUAAUGGGCACCGUAUCCGCCGACCCACAGGCCAAGGCGGUGGCAACGACAGCGGGUGAUCUGAAGCACAAGGGAAGGCGCUCCGAGCCUAGCUACAGCAAGCAGCUGCAGAAGGGCAUCAAGGCUGCUCUGCUCGCCACCGGCGAAGGUGCAGAUGACGACGACGAUGAGGACCUGAGGCUUUCGCGAUCGGGGAUCGUAGAGCCGUACGAUCAGAGCCACGCAAAGUCGUCGGCCGGACGGGAAGACCGGAGCCAGCGGCCAUCGCCUGGUUCGAGCACAACCAUCUCCAAGCCGAGACCCACUCGGGCUUCGAUCCUGCGUCGCGCGCGGCUCGGAGACGCGUCCGACAACGACGCCCAGGCCGAGGUGGAGACGAGCAACAAGCAGCAGGCGUCCACCUCCAAGCGGCCGCCGUCUCGGCUGGACAUCCUGGCUCAGCCGCGGCGGAGGACGGGCUCGUUCACCGCGCGCAGCACCGACGCGGAGAGCUUGGCAGCGUCGCGUAGUGGCGGGCGCGCGUCGGUUGCCGGCGGCAAGGGCUCGACGGGGGCCGCGGGUGGAGGAAGCGGUGGUGCGGCGGCGGCGCCGGGUGCUGCUCGGAGCAAGUCAUUCCGCGAGCCAAAGUCGGCGGGGUCGGUGUCGCGCUCGCAGAGUCUGUCGCGCGGUUUCGACCAGGGCAAGUCGCGGUCGAGCAGUGUCAACCGAGGCUCCGCCACAGGCACUCGCUGGCGCCGCUGCCCCACAGACUACACCUCCACGUCGGAGGAGGACUCGAGCUCCCCUAAGCACGCCACCGCCGCGGCCCCCCCUCGCGUGCGCCCCUCCCCCACAGCUGUAGCAGCGGCGGCGGCCGCGGCGGCGGCGUCGUCGCGAGCCGACCGGGCCUCCUCCUCCGCCGUGGGGUCGAGCAAGCGCCGCUCGCGUUUGCCCGACGAUGAUGACUACAUCCGCGACUGGAACAACCACAGCGAGGAGAUCGCCCGAAUCAGCCAGGACCUGGCAAAGGACCUGGCCAUCUUGGCACGCGAGAUUCACGAAGUGGCCGGCACCGAGCCCAACUCCGUGAGCAGCAGCUCGUCGGCUGCGGGAGUGGCCGUCAGCGAUGGGCCCCCCUCCCCCGGUUCCACCAUUGAGGCCAAGGAGCAGCUCGUGCAGAGGAUAGCAGACGAGGCGAUUAAUUUCCGCAAAGUUCCCCCACACUCGUUGGCUGACGGACAAACCACCUGCGGGGCCGAGGCGCCUUACCGUGCCGGGGAGGGCAGCAAGCCCGACUCUGCAAGCAAACGCAAGACGUGGACACGCGACGAGAUGCAGCUGGAUAACCUCAUCCUGUCCUCCGUCGCACAACUGUCCCAGAAGAUUCGCAGCAACACUGACAGAACGGCAACUAAAAUGAGGAUCCUGCUGCGGGAUGAGGAGAGGAACUGGCCGGAGAUCGAGUCUCGUCUCAACUCCGACAGCGAAGUUCCGUUGCUGAAGACAUCCAACAAGGAUAUUGCGUCCAUAUUGAGGGACCUUCGAACAGUUGAAAGGCAGCUGGAAGUCAUCAAUGCCAUGAUCGAUCCGGACAACGUUCUGGACCGCUGGUGCGACAAGGAGCAGGCCAGGAAGGCUGCACAAGUCCGCUCGCGAACUGGGAGUCGACGCGGCAGCGGCGGAGGUUUGGACGCGUCGCUGUGCACGGAGCCCGACAGCGUGGGCUCCGAGGCGGAGUACAGCGUCCACUUCAACAAGUUCCAUCCGAGCGGCGAGGAGGACGAGGGGGAGGAAGAAGGGCCCUGCUACGUGUGAGGGCCCCCCCCCCCCACCACUGCCGAGGCGCGCGGAAACGCGAGGCCAUUUUGUGCCGCCCCCCCCCCUUCCUUGCACUGAACGCCGAACUAAGCUGCUGUUAUCUUUCUUUGUUUUUGUUGCACAAUGUGUUCUCAAACACUGGUUUUGGCUGUAUAUUUUACUUUCGUGUUAUUUAUGUUAGUUUUUCUGCUGCGUAUCUUUUUUUUACACGUUUGCAGUUUGUUUGUAAGCCGGUACACUUGAUCAGUGGGCAUCGCAAAACUCAAGUUGGAGGGAAUUGUGGGAUAAUGCUAAGAAAUAUUGUGGUAACCACGAUGAUGAUGAUGGUGAAUCACAGAAAUGCACUAUGGAGGUGUUUAACACUAACUGUAGGUUAACUGUGUACUGAAUCCAAUUAUGCGAUAUUCACAAUGCAAACAUGUACCAUCUCGACAGGUACUAAUUUAGCAAACGUUUAAUGCGGCAUCUCCAGCCAACAGUUUUGUGAGGCCUUCUCUUACCUCCGCCGCACUUGCGUUAUUUAAGGUAAUACUUUUCAGACAUCAAAUCUACGUACACUUUAUUUGGGGGGGGGUCUUACAUUCAAAAUCAAAGAUAUUAAAUAUAUAUAUAGAGAGAUAGAGACGACAAAAAUAGGAAAGUGCACCAAACACUGUAUGGAAUUGUUGCACUGCUGGUAUGACCUCUCAUAAUCAUAUGCAUGAUUAUUAUUAUUAUUUAAAAUGUUUUGCACGUGUCAUCUUUGUUAAUGUUAUGGACAGAUCAAAUAAUAUUUUGUUGGGAUCCUAAGCUAAGAAAUGUUCUGCCACUUGUUACCAAUCUGAUUUAAUUAUGGAUACAAAUUGGUAACUGUUCAAGACAUCGGUCCUUAAAAAUUGUUAAGUUGCCAUAAUGAAAUGCAUAGUUUGUUUUUUUACAUUAAAUGCCGUUUUAGAUUUUUCAAGCUGAUCAUAUUUUCCCACAAUUCUAGAAGAUGUAUGAAACUUGUCCUUGGAACGUGAGCCAUCGAAACAAUGGACAGAGGUUAUCACAAAAAGGCUUUUAAUUGCUGCCAUUUGAUUUUGUUAAUCAAAGUGUUUAUUGUUCGAGUUCACGACCCUGUCUUAAGUGCCUCAUCUUUAGAGCCACUCCUUGCUACUGACUGCUUAAACCCAUCGAGCACACGAUUGACUCAAGAGUCGAGAUUCAAUUUAAAGUGAAUGAGACAGGGUAGGUAGAUAGAUGGUCGUUGUAAAAAAAAAUGCCAUGACGCUAUAUCCAUGGUGUUUCACAUUUUUCCACAUGCAGCGUUAUUCGCAUUGUUUUAAGCAUUCUAAAAUAUAUUCGGAAUCGAAAGUUGUUUACAAUGCUUGGUACAGUGUUUUCAAUGCCAUAAAGAUAUCCACGCAGCUUAAAAGAAGGCCACUUAUUGAAUAUAUUCUGAUUGUUUAAACAUUCAAACAUAUAUUCGGAAAAUAAAAAAGUUGUUUACAAUGCUAGGUACAGUAAACGGUUGCAUGCCUUUAAGUUUCUGCUUUAGAGUAAAGGCCAUGAUAACGGUUGGGCAAUUUUAGGGUCAUUAUUGCCAGCAUUGUUGUGACAAACCGAUUACUUUGAGCAACUGUGGAAACUUGAUUUAGGAAGUUUCAUCGUGUAACAGAGGUCUGUCUAAACCAGUGAAACAUGUUUGAAACGUUUUAACAAUAAUGGAGCUAGAGGGACGGGAAGUUGUCAUCUCAGUUACCCCCCCACCAGGGGGGAGCAGUGGUGUGAGAUCCAGUAAAUUGCUCUCUCCACAUUUAGGCCGACUAAUAUUUUUACAAAAAUGGAAACAUAACCCAGUGCCGGUUGCUGGCAACAAUGUCUGAACAAUUGCCCGAUUGUGCCCCGUGGCUUUAACCGACUACUGCUCAAGAAUGGGUAAAACAAAAAUAUAUAUAUUGGACAUUUUUGUUUAGGUUGCCACUCAGGCUGUAGACUUUUGCCUAAAAGACAUGAAUGUUUAGUUUAAAGCUGUGGCCUUGAUUGUGUGGUGUUGUAACAACGGUUUGGCCGGACUAAGAAUCCAGUGCCUGGAGUGUGUAUGUGAUAAGAGGAUUUCAAACCCUCUACUUGAAGUCAAUGCAGAAGUUGGGUGGGUUUGUUUAAAGAGAGAAAUCAUCUGAAGCAAAACGUUCAGUCUUUAAUUGAUUGCUGUCAGUGUGUGACUAUAAAAGUAUAUGUACAUUUGAGAUUUUAUUUAAAAUUGCAGAUAUCAAAAUUGUAAAAAAAAAACACAUUCAAAUGUGCAGUAUUGUAAAGUAGUCUCGAAAAGUGGGUUUGUUUAAUAUACAACAUUCCUGCCUAUGGUAUUGCUGAAAAAAUAAAUGUACUGUUCUCGUAUUAACAACAUAAAACUAUUCAAUCUAUUUACUGUAUAGUGUAAAAUGGAUCAUUCACAUGUGCUACUGCAAUCUGUGGGGGUCAUUCGACUGGUUCAUUGUAAAAAACUAAAAACUGUCAAAUGCACUUGGACAAGAAAACAAAAUGCGCAAAAUGAAACAGAAGAAUGAAGUAGUGACAACCACUUGACGCCAAUAUGUUUCUCAAACUACAAUUCUUGGGCCCAAAUUCUCCCUGGCUGUCUUCACAUACACCUAUUCACAUUUUAAGUCACGGUAAUUGGUUCGUGUUGCAUGCACAUGUUAGGUUGGGUUAUAUAAUUUUGACGUAAAAUGCACCUGCUUUGGCGCCCAAAGACUUGAGUUUGAGAACCAUUUUUGGUACCCAAAAAUGACGGUCGUCCCCUUUUAAAUUCCUCAAGAGCGCACACGACAGCCAGUUGAUGUGGCCUGCGUUGGGUACUGUUCAUGUGCGGUUAUACUUCAGGCUGUCAUCCCAUGCACAUUUAUCGUUAGAACAAAAAACACACCCCGCCACCUUGCUUUUGAUGGUUGCAGAAACUAAUUGUGUAACGGAUUUUUUUAAUUCAUAAGCCAAAAAAAACUAAAAUAAGCCACUCCUGGCAAUCUAUAGAUAUACACUACUGUAAUUGCUUGUGCCGAUGGCCUGGUGUAUGUGUGCGUGCGUAUGUACAAUAGUUGUUAGAUGGUAGUUGUGAAUGGUACGCUUUUACAUGCACAUCAAACCGUGCUUUUUUUGGAAGAAUGUAUAGAAAGCUUUGGGGUAUGUGUGAUAUCAUGUCGCCAUGGAUAUAUUCGUCACAACUUUGUUCAAAACACAUGUAGCUGAUCAUUUCGUUUUAAUUUUGUCUGUUCAAUGUUUUCUCCAUAGUUUUGAAUGUCUAAUUUUAUAGAAGUCUACACACAGGCUCUUCACGUUUUAUUUUUGUAAGCUCGUGAAAUGCUGCCAUCGAUUGCUUGGUUCUCUGUGUAGAUUAUUCCUGUCAAGUAAUAAAGUCACUAGGUAUACUUACUGCA